UACAUUCCACCGCUACACACGUCAUGCAAUGUAGUAUGCAAUGUCAUCAGCGUGUCCCUCUCAACAGUGACGCAUGUUGAAUGCCAGUCCUUUCCGCUCGUAUCCAAGUGGAUUAACUGUCAGUCAUCGGACUCAGUACGCAGGCGUAGAACCAGUUCGCAGCUAAGCGAGAGCAGGAAGUGUAAUUUCCACCAAUACUUUCACCGCCACGUAGUGCUUCGCUUGAAUAACACAAUCUGUUUUGAACUUUCGACUGAAUUCGGAAUGAGGCGGAGGUAAAUGUAGCGAGUGCCCUUGUAUGUCUAAAUCCGUCUGACUGUUGUAUUGUGCUAUCGGACUGUGACUAGUGAUGUACGCGGCGAGAAUGCACCGCCAACAUUGCUACCUGUGUGAUCUACCGCGAAUGCCAUGGGCUAUGAUACAUGAUUUUUCCGAACCAGUGUGUCGUGGUUGUGUAAAUUAUGAAGGCCCUGAUCGUAUCGAGCCAGUUAUUGAUGUGGCUAGGCAAAUGAAACGCUCGCAUCUGUUUUAUCAGGAUAGUAAACCGUCAGUUAAGAAUGGACAGCCAACUGUGGUAAGUGUGCCGUCUCGACCAACUACACUGCAUGAAAGUAGUAAUGUGAAUCAUGUAGAACCGUCCCCUCGCCAGCCACCGUCGUCGCUAGCAGGGGCUAUACACCUUGACCGCUAUCAAAUACACGAACACCCACGACCGAGAACUGUCCAACAGAUUCAUGAAAUGUCGUUAGCCCAGUCGAGGGUGGUUAGUUCUGGUAUGCCGUCAUUUCACAGCCAUGAAGAUAAUCAUGAAAUGGCAACCAGACGAACGCCGACUGGAGGACCAACGAGUCACCCAACACCAAAUUUAAUACGGCAACUUAUACCGCCGCCGGGAUUCCCACCGGCAUUUCUACCGAGUCACCCGAUUACACCAUCUGGUCUUGUCACUACACCGUCAGCUAAACGAAGUUUGUCAGACAGAGAUAGAGAGGAGAAAUGCAGCCCAUCUGACAACCCAGAUCGUAUCAGUGGCCCUGUGUGUAUAGAGGACUGUAGUCAAAAACCAACGCCAGUGAGACAGGCAAUAGCAACACUUUCAAAUUGUACACCUUUUGGAGUUCGUUUUAAAAAGGAUCAUUCCUUGAAAGGCCGUGUUUUUGCAUUUGAUGCUCUUUAUAAACAAGGAAAUGAAUACGAACUCAAACUAUAUAUAGAAUACCCUACAGGGUCUGGAAAUAUAUAUGCCAGUGCGUCUGGAGUAGCAAAGCAAAUGUACCACGAUUCGCCGAAAGAAUACGGCAAAGGUAUUUCAUCAGGAUUUAAAUAUUUGGAAUAUGAGAAGAAGCAUGGAUCUGGCGAUUGGCGGGCCAUUGGUGAUAUACUAUCCGAGCCUGUACGAUUAUUUAAAGAACAAGUGAAUGUUGAAAUGUUACCACAGCCGUAUAUCGACGCGAGCUGUCCAAUGCCACCAAUAAUUACGACAACGUCAAUGAGAACAAUGCCACCAAAACUGAAAAAGAGGAAAACCUCCCCAAGCCCCGAAUCAGAGACUGGCCCGAAGCAUGUUGAUGAUGCUCCACGUUUACCCUCGUGGAUUCCCUCCCAAACUCCAGAGAUUUCUAAGCGGCCAUCAACAAUACCUUUAGGCUCGGUUCCACCUAGUUCAACGUCGGUAUCGCCGUUGAGUAAUCCAACAUCAAGCUCUCCUCCAGCCUCUGCAAGUUCGUCACAAGGGGGGCCAUCACCAAUGGCCUCUUUGAUAUCAGUUACUGACAACUUGGUGCAAAAUACUCCAGCAAGCUCUCCAAUGAAAUCUGGUCUCUCUGCCCCAUCAACCACUGCAUUGCAAGUUGGGACGCCGAGUGGCGAUAAAAAUCCCAUUUUGGUGUCACCAAACCAGCCUGGAGUAACACAGCGACGUGGAAUAUAUCGAGGCCAAGACCCUAGCAUCUCGUCUAACAACAACGGUGUGCCUGAUUCUUCUGUACCUACCAGUGUUCUGCGAUGCACUCUGUGUCAUGAACGUUUAGAAGAUACUCAUUUUGUUCAGUGUCCAUCUGUGUCAGGACACAAAUUCUGCUUCCCUUGCUCCCGGGAUAGCAUCAAGAAACAAGGAGCUGGCUCUGAAGUGUAUUGUCCUGGUGGUCAGAAGUGCCCACUUGUCGGGACAAACACCCCAUGGGCCUUUAUGCAAGGUGAAAUAGCGACUAUUCUUGGCGAGUCACCCGUCGUCAAAGUGAAAAGAGAAAAGGACUCUUAGACACUAUUGUACGAAUGCGAAUAUUAUGAAUAGUUAAAUAAUAUUGUUGCCUUAAGACCAUUGUUUCAUCAACUUAUGGAAAUGGAUGUAGGCCUAAAUCAUUGACAUUAUUCAUUUUUAUCGAUUUAAAACGUGGAUUUGCGAACAACGAGACCGUUAUGGAUUUGUAGUCCAUUUUUAGUAGCCAGAUUGCUAACUACUCAUAUAUUUCAUUGGCUUUUCAUAUGCUAAUGAGCUGUUUCGUAAUAAUAUUACAGAAAUGACUGUGCAGACUGAAGUGUAACAAUGUAAAUAUUAUGUACAGUUUUAAAUAUAGAUGAAUUUCAGUGACUUUCAAACGGGAGAAUUGCAACAAUGAUAUAGAAAAUUUCAAGAAUAUUUCAAAGAAAUAUUUUUAAUGCAGCUUUUAUUAAUUAACCAGAAAAAUGUACGUACCGUAUUUUUGCUUAUAUGAUACUAUAAGAUGCAGAUCUCUUGAGAUUUAUUAGUUAGUCAAGCAAAUUUUAUUAUUUUUUUUUAAUAAACUUCCCGAGUAUCAUUAUUUGUCGAAGUAUGUAAUCGGUGGUGAUUGAAUAAAUCGUUUACCGAAGUUUCGUGCAAACA